AUGGAUACUAAACAUUCGAUUAUCUGGACUGCUUUAGUCGCAGUAUUCUUCGCUGCAGCUGAGAAUCGAUAUAUAGUGGUCGAAACACCUCCUAAGGACCGAGCUGUACUUGCAGGUCAAAGUGCAGAGUUGACGUGCCAUAUUCACCGUGCUAAAUCGAAGCCUAAUCAUAUUGUACAAUGGGUAGCUAACUCUAACAGAACAGGAUGGGGGAAGCCAUUGUCGUAUAAUGAUAGAAUCACUGUGCGGGAUAUACCUAACAAGUUUUCUAUAAGUACUGCUAAGCCGUAUAACUUACUUAUACAAAAUGUUGAUCUUGAUGAUGCUGGGAAGUACACGUGCAAUAAUGUACGGACGGGUAAACCAAUAGGUGGAUUUGAUCCUCAGUUAAUAGUACUUGAGCCUGGACCAUGUCUACUGCAGGAAAUAACUACAAUCAAAGAACACGAGAUCAUAACAUACACGAUGUAUGUUAGAUAUGCCGGUAACAAAGAUUAUUCACAGAAACCUACUAUUAAAUGGACACUAAAUGGUUUCCAGCAGUCUGCAAAGGCGGACGAGACAAAAGAAGGAAUCUUCAAAUCUACAAUCACAAUGGCGGCAUCUAGUUUGGAUGAUCAGAAAGAACUCAGCUGUUCUUUUGGUGUAUUGAAUAUCCAAGAGCGUUGUUCAACUCGGCUUAACAUAAAAUAUCCCGCCCGGAAACCUACACUCUAUAUUGAUGGAGAAGAAAUCGAUACAGAUCACAACUUAAAAGGAGGAGAUGUCGCCAUACUGAGAGGAAUAUCAGAAGGAAACCCUGAACCAUCGUAUACAUGGCAAUUCAAAGGAAGGAGUGGAGAAAGUUUCAGUCCUGAAGAAAAGGGUGACACAAAACAAAUAAAAGAUGCUGGGGUAUACAGAUGUUGUGCAAAGAAUAGCUUGAAUGGCUAUAGGAAAUGCAGUGAAAUAAGAAUUGACGAUCCAGCUGACGAUCCAGGUUCAGGCACUGGAGAUGAUGGGCUGCCAUCCACUGGUGGGGAAGUUACGUGUCCAGAAAUGGAUCCCUUUUUAGGAUUUGAUAACCCGAGACCUCCCGGAACACCUGGGAAGGAGCUUGGUUGUGCUUUUGGCACUGGAACGGAGCUUUUCACAGGUGGAAUUACCACUGGUGCGAAACUCGGUUUUCAUCUGGGCAAAAGUUCGGCCAACCACUGA